UUCAGGUGAAGGAUGAAAAGAUUUGCGAACAUCAUGAAAUCGGCCGCUUCUGGCGGAGGUGGUGGAUCGGGAGGGGUACCUACAGGUCUAGCAGCGCUAGGAAUUGGCACCCUUGGUCUUGCCUAUGGAGGUACGAAAUCCAUCUAUCAAGUUGAGGGUGGUUGCAGAGCAAUUUUGUUCCACCGGAUUGGAGGUGUUGGGAAAGAAAUUUUCACUGAAGGUCUUCAUUUUCGAUUACCAUGGUUCCAAACUCCAAUUAUUUACGACGUGAGGACAAAGCCCAACCAAAUUUCGUCUCUUACUGGAAGUAAAGACUUGCAAUCUGUCAAUGUUACGUUGCGAGUGUUGUCGCGUCCAGAUGGAUCUAUGCUGCCCAAAAUAUACCAGACUCUGGGAACGGAUUACAACGAAAGAGUGCUGCCCUCGAUUGUGAACGAGGUGCUGAAAAGUGUGGUGGCGAAGUUCAACGCGAGUCAACUGAUCACGCUGCGGCCUCAAGUCUCAGCCAUGAUUAGAGAGGAGUUGACUGAACGAGCUAAAGACUUUUACAUCAUUCUGGACGAUGUAUCGAUUACUGAUUUGUCGUUUUCGCCAGUUUACACAGCUGCGGUAGAAGCGAAACAAGUCGCUCAACAGGAGGCGCAAAGAGCCCAGUUUAUUGUGGAGCGGGCGAAGCAAGAACGCCAGCAAAAGAUAGUACAAGCGGAGGGAGAAUCGGAGGCUGCCAAACUGAUCGGAAAGUCCGUAGCCCAGAACCAGGGAUACCUCAAAUUGAGAAGAAUCCAGGCGGCCCAAGGUAUUUCACGUGUGAUGUCGAACAGCGCAAAUAGAAUGUUUUUGGAUGCCAAUUCGCUUCUGUUAAAUUUGGACAGCCGAGAGUUUGAUGAGGACAUGGACAAAUCAGUUAUGAAGAGAAGAAAAUAAAAUGACGGACUUGUGUAGUGGCAUGUUGACAUUUAAACUUGUUCUCUUAAUUGUUUCUGGAUGAUCCCUUUAAAUGAACUGAUCUCAAAAUGAUUCAAAGGAGUUUGAGAUUAAAAGGAGUGCAAAUAUAUUCAUUUGAACCUAG